UAGCCUGAGGACAAAACUUUCAAACGACCUUCAGUUGUAUUCAUUGCGCUGUCUUUGGUGAAAGUUUUGUACAUUCUUUUCAGAAAUGGAGGGAUCUCUAGCGGUAGCUCUGUUAGUGGCAAUGUGCUUCGCCACAGGUAACGCCUUAAGUUGUAUAGAAUGUAAUUCAGUCAAUGAUAAGGAAUGUGGCGACCCAUUCACAGCCAAUCAAGAGAAAUACCUAGUCAGCUGCGAGCCUAACGAAAAAUACUGUGGCAAAACCGUUAGCACCGAAAAUACUAGAAUGCCUCCACUUGUAAAAAGAAGUUGCGUUGAAGACCGCAGCAAUGUGAACUACACGUGGGACGGUGAAGGUUGUAAAGAAAUGAACCAACUGACGACCUGUUACUGCGAUUCCAGCCGAUGUAAUUCUAGCGACAGGGGUACACUAUGUCUCCUAUUAUUGGGCCUGUCCAGUAUGUUUGUGUACUUCAUCAGGAAAAACUAUUAAUCACAUGCUAACUCAUUAAACAAUCCGUAAUGUUCAUUUAUAUGCAAUUCUGCGAGACCUCCAUACCGUCCAGAUUCCGAGUUUAGACAUAAUUUUGUAUUUUACAGGAAUGUUUUACAUUUACAUCAGUCAUGAUUGCUAUCAGACAAUGUUAAAUGUUUUUAUCAAUCAUCGCUGACAAGCAUUGAAAAAUGUUCAAAUUGAUUAAUUUUAGAAUAAUGGAAUCUGAAACUAUAGUAUAUGUUGUUCAACAAGAUGACCAUCAGGACCUGAAAUAACAUUGAUGAAUGCCCAAAUAAAAAGAGAAUUCUUA